GGUGUCUGUAUGUGAAGAUGAACGGCGUCUCCCGGAGCCUGUGCACCACCACAGUCGAAGACAUCAGUGAGGACAGAGCGAAGGACAAAUACACACGACUUAGGCUGACACUGCAUGACCAGAACCAGCCCAUUUGGACCUCGGAGCAGCCCAGGAGCAAGCCAGUGGGACGGGCUUUUGCCCUUGUUCAGCCACCCAAUGAGAGGCAGCCAUUUGAAUUGGUCAAACCCACUGAAGAGAAAGUUGAGGUGAUCAAGGUAUAUCUGGAAGGACACAAAGAGGAACAGGCCAAACACCAGCAGAGUCUCAAAAUGCUGUCAGAUGAAGUGUCGCAGAUACAGGAGGUGAGGUACUGUCUCAAAACCCUGAGAGAACAGAUGGCAGCCAGGAACAACAGUAACAAUAAUCAAGCAGAGCAAAAAGUUUUAACCAAUGGCUACAGAGCUCAUGUGCCCAAGAGCCAGUGGGCCAUCUCCAAGUACAAUGACAACAGCGCCACAGCAGAAACGCAGGAUUGGGAGAAAGAGGAUGAGCAGGAGAGUGCUCGAAUGAGAGAGGUGAGCAAGCGUCUGUAUGCCCAGCUGCAGGAAGCUGAGAGGAGGCACCAGGAGGAGAGGGAGAAGCUGCGGGCGGAGAGUAGCCAAUUCAGGCAGCAGCUGAGUGAACAGGGUGAGCGGCUGCGGCAGGCAGAACAGGGUCUGGAGGAGCGUGACCAGCGCAUAGAGGACCUGCAGCGGCUGUUGGUUGGAAUGGAGGUGGAGAGUGCCACACUGCAAGAGAAAAUGAAGGAAAGGGAAGAAGAGCUGCUGAAGCUACGCACAGUCCAAGAGGAUGGCCGCAGCGAUCGCCAGAGGUCAGAGGAGCUGGAGAAGGAGCUGGCAAUACUCAAGGAGAAGAUCCACCACUUGGAUGACAUGCUGAAGAGUCAGCAGAGGAAGGUUCGACACAUGAUUGAGCAGCUGCAGAACUCAAGGACAGUGAUACAGGAGAGAGAGCGGGUCAUCCGGGAGCUCGAGGAAAAAGUGGCUUUCCUUGAAGCAGAGAACAGAGAGAUGCAUGACCAGGUGGAUUACUUUCUUGAAAGCCAGCGAACCAACUCACAUCUGUCAACAGAGCGUAAUGCACAAAUAGUCUACAGCAAGCCGCUCAGACCCUCCACAAAUGGCAACAAGUCACUGCCGUUCAUUAAAGUCAUCGAGAUCAAGUCGUGAGCAGCAAGCAGAAAGAAUAUGGUCACGUCAGUGCUACAGGUUCACAACAUGCAAACCAGCAGCAUUGCAGCAUCCUGGAGCACCAUAUUUGUGCACAGUUCACACUCAACACAGACUUGCUUUGCAUA